AUGGCCCCUUCGUUUCUUACCAACUCCCAUGCACCAGAUGCCUCCUGGCCGUCGCCAAAUGGCAGUGACGGUGGAAUUAUAGAAACAGAAUUCUUGAUCGUCGGUGCAGGACCAGCAGGCGCGGCUUUGGCAUGCUUUCUCAGCUCAUAUGGCAUCAAGGGAAUCAUGGUCAGUGCGGCCCACGGUACUGCCGACACUCCUCGAGCACAUAUCACCAACAUGGCCGCUCUCGAAUGUCUCCGUGAUAUCGGGCUCGACAGCGAGAUUGAGAAGGUCGCCUGCGAUGGCCAGGAACACAUGGUUCACACGCGAUGGUGCCACAGCAUGGCAGGCGAGGAGUACGCGCGGAUAUAUUCCUGGGGAAAUGAUCCCGCCAGGAAGGGAGACUAUGAAAGAGCGAGCCCCUGUUCCCCAGUCGAUCUCCCCCAGACGCUGCUGGAGCCCAUUCUCGUCCGCCACGCAACACACCAGGGCUUCACCACCAGAUUCGACACCGCGCUGGUGUCAUUCGUUCGCGAUGAGAAACACAUCGUCGCCACGCUUCGUGAUAAUAUGUCUCAAAGCGAGUAUUGCAUCAGAACUAAAUAUUUGUUUGGCGCCGAUGGGGCACGUAGUCAGAUCGUCAAGCAACUGAACCUGCCUCUGGCCGUGAAGCCAGGGCAGGGCCUCGCAAUCAACGUCCUGGUCAAGGCAGAUCUCUCACAUCUAGUGACACACCGCAAGGGCAAUCUCCACUGGGUGAUGCAGCCGGACCGCGAGCAUCCUGCUUUCGGGUGGAUGGCCAUCGUCCGCAUGGUCAAGCCGUGGAACGAGUGGAUGUUCAUCCUGUUCCCAACUCGAGACUACGACUCGGCGAAGACUCCUAACCCAUCCAACGAGGAGUAUCUACAUCGAGUCAGGCAGCUUAUUGGAGAUGACACGCCAGCCGAGAUCAUCAACGUCUCCAAGUGGUACAUCAACGAGAUCGUGGCGGAGAAAUACUCCGACGGCAACGUCUUCUGUCUUGGAGACGCGGUGCAUCGCCAUCCGCCGCUCAAUGGCCUGGGAUCAAACACUUGUAUCCAGGAUGCGUUCAAUUUAGCAUGGAAGGUCGCGUACGUUCACCAUGGAAUUGCCGGGCCGUCGUUGCUCUCAACAUACUCCGCAGAGCGGCAGCCCGUGGGCCAUAGCAUCGUCACUCGCGCCAACCAGGCGUUCAGAGACCACCAACCCAUAUGGGAGUCGCUCGGCAUGCUGGAAGAAUCUCUUGAAGAGAGAAAGCGCUCGCUGGGGGAACUCACAGCGCCAAAUGCCAGCGGGCGUGAACGUCGUCGUACCCUUCAAAAGGCCGUCUCCGAAACCCGCCAUGAGUUCCUUGGUCUAGGAGUUGAGAUGAACCAGCGGUACUCGGGUACUGGAAUUUACAAAGCAGACGAGACAGAGCCUUUUGUAUUCUCUGGUCUAUCGGCUGAUGAUCCGGUUCUGUAUUAUGAGCCCAGUACCUAUCCGGGACGUCGGCUUCCACAUGUAUGGCUGAACAAGGCUAUUCCUAUUAAGCCGGUGUCAACGAUUGACCUAGCGGGACGCGGUGCAUUCACGCUUUUCACCGGUGUUGGUGGGCAAUAUUGGAAGGAGGCAGCGAGGCGAGUGAGUGUCAAGCUCGGAGUCCCUCUACACGCCCAUUCAAUAGGCUUCCGGCAGGACUGGGAAGAUUCGUACUUUGAAUGGGAACGCCUCCGCGGAGUAGACGAGAGCGGCGCAGUAUUGGUGCGUCCGGAUCGAUUUGUGGCUUGGAGAGCAAAAGAGGUGCUGGGUAGUGUUGAUUCCUGCGAGGAGAAGUUGUCAGAGGUCGUGGCAUCAGUCUUGUGUGUUGAUUGA